CGUCACUGCAAAGCUGGGCGGGUCCCUUAAAUGGAAAAUGUGUCCCACCCAUUAAAGUUAAACGCUUCUUAAAUCAGCAGACAGGCAGCCAUUCACACUCCAGGAAGAGAACAGACGCAUACUGAAACAAUGAGCUACCCAGGAUACCCCCCUCAGGCAGGAGCAUACCCACCACAGCCUGGUUUCGGGCCUUCACAACCUGCUGGUUACCCACCUCAGCCAGGGGUUUACCCCCCCCAGGCAGGAGGCUACCCCCCUCAGCCAGGUAGCUACCCUCCCCAACCCAGUGCCUAUCCUCCGCAGCCUGGAGCUUAUCCUCCGCAGCCUGGAGCUUAUCCUCCUCAGGCUGGAGCCUACCCACCACUGCCAACAGGCUCAUGGGGAGGAGGCCCCUCUGGUGGAUACCCCUCUGCUGCUCCUGGCAGCUAUCCUAACCCUGGAUACAAUGCAGGCAUGGGCAACCAGAUCUCUGCUGGCAUGGGAGCAUUUACUCCAAACCCAUCUAUUUUCCAAACAUCGGCGGGUUACCCACCUGCAUCAGGAGGGUACCCACCUGCCCCCCAUGUGGGCGGAAACGGUUCCCUUUAUCCUAACCCACAGUCAUAUGGCCUGUACCCACAGCCAGGAGGCACCAUGCCCCAACAACAGGGCUACCCUGGGCAGCCUGGACAGAUGAUGCCUGGAUACCCACAAGCACCUUCACCCAACCCACCCAUGCCUGGCUUUGGAGGAGCACCAGCACCUAUGCCAGGGUAUCCGAAUGUCCCAUCACAGAAUUCAUCUAUGCCAGCCUAUGGAGGAGGAGCCAUGCCAGUAGUCCCGCCUAUUAGUAGAGGAUUUAGAGGAACAAUCAACGACUUCCCUGGAGCGGAUCCACUGAAGGAUGUGGAGGUUCUGAGGAAAGCUAUGAAGGGCUUUGGAACCGAUGAACAAGCCAUUAUUGAGCUACUGGGCAGUCGCUCCGUUAAACAGAGAGUACCUUUACUCCGGGCCUACAAAACAUCCUAUGGGAAGGAUCUACUUAAAGAUCUGCAUUCAGAACUUUCCGGAGACUUCAGGAACCUGGUCAAGGCCAUGUUGAAAAGCCCCGCAGAGUUGGACGCCUCUGAACUCCACGAUGCAAUGAAGGGAGCUGGAACUGAUGAAGCCUGCCUGAUAGAGGUCUUGUCCUCGCGCUCCAAUGCUGAGAUCAAGGAAAUAAACCGAGUUUACAAAGAAACCUAUAAGAAAUCUUUGGAAGAUUCCAUUAAAAGUGAUACCUCAGGCCACUUCCGCCGCCUCCUGAUCUCUCUGGCUCAGGGUAAUCGAGAUGAAAGGGAAAAUGUUGAUGUCUCCCUGGCUAAACAAGACGCUCAGGCACUGUAUGCUGCUGGAGAGAAUAAACUUGGCACAGAUGAGUCCAAAUUUAAUGCCAUUUUAUGUGCAAGAAGCAGAGCCCAUCUCAGAACAGUGUUUCAUGAAUACCAGAAGAUGUGUGGCAGAGAUAUUGAGAGCAGUAUCAGCAGAGAGAUGUCUGGAGACCUUGAAAGUGGCAUGUUGGCACUAGUGAAGUGUAUUAAAAACACACCAGGCUACUUUGCAUGGAGGCUUUACAAGUCCAUGAAGGGACUUGGGACUAAAGACAGAACCCUGAUCCGGAUCAUGAUCUCCCGUUCAGAGGUCGACCUGCUGGAUAUUCGUCAGGAAUAUGUGAAGAACUAUGGAAAAUCACUGUACACGCAUAUCCAUGGCGACACAUCAGGAGACUACAGGAAACUGCUUCUAAAGCUGUGCGGUGGCAACGACUGAAAUGGAGAGGUUUUCUGCUACAAAAUAUGAGACUUUUUUUUUAAUGAAUAUUAGGUUUCUAGCUUUUCUGUAUUACUUAUACCCAAACUAUAAACAUGUACAGCAUGCCAAUGCUUCUAAUUUUACGUUUACAUACUUGCACCUGCCAUAAGUUGUUUUUCUCUGUGCUGAAUUUAUAUUUUUUUAUUUGCCAUAUAUCUACAGGAGUUUAAAAUUGUUUAUUGCAUAUAUCAAAUGUAUAUUUUAAAAGCUGGCAUCUAUUAUAAUAGUAUUAUACUAUAAAUUUUUUUUGCAGAUUUGAUGUCAAAAGAGAUUUUAAAAGGUUGUCACCUGGUUUAUUAAUGUGCAGGAAUGCUGAAGUACCAAAAUAGCAGAGAAUGUGAGCAAGUGCAUAAUCUAAAAGUUUGACUGCAGUUACAUUUUAUCUUUGUUUACCAUAAAUGUGCUGUGUUUGCAACGGAUAUUUCAGUUUGUUUUCUAUGUGCCUGUUUUUUGUUUCUUUUAAUAACUCAGCAUGCCAGUUAAUAAACUGCAAGUAAAGAAAACAUAAA